AUGUCGCAAUCCGCUCAAAAAGCUGCUACACAGUCAAUUCUUCGUCGUUACGUGAACAAAGAAACCAUGAAGUAUGUUUUCACAACACACUUUUGGGGGCCUGUUUCAAACUUCGGUAUACCACUAGCUGCCAUUUAUGAUUUGAAGAAAGACCCAGAAAUGAUUUCUGGUCCAAUGACAGGUGCCUUGAUCAUGUACUCUGCUGUCUUCAUGAAAUUUGCCCUUACCGUACAACCAAGAAAUUUCCUGCUUUUUGGUUGCCACGUCGUCAACGAAUUUGCACAAACUGGCCAAGCAUUCCGUUUUGUUAACUAUCAUUACCUCGGAGGCAAUGAAAACAAAGUAAAGGAAGCUGCCACAAGUGCUGUCGCCAAGCCUGAAUAA